AGCGUGUGAUUGUUUUUCUCGUUUAUCUUGUUUUCUUUUGAAUUUCACUAAAGAGCUUCUCUCUGCUGCUUUCAUUUUUUAAUUAUUUGUCCUGAGCUGAGCUACUCCCCCUCCCUGACCUCUCUUCCUCGGCUCCCUUCGCGGCAACGCUUUCGUCCAACUCGUCUCACAGACAACGUUCUCUACCGAUGCCCACAGCUUUGGUGUCGACGACGGCGACGGCGUACGAAUGCGUUUAGUGCUCUACGACGCCUUCGUUCUGGCCAAAAGGAGAAUUAUAUUUCCGGAGUAUUUUUUCUUCUUCUUUCAUUUCCUCUCAACAGCGCGUGCUAGCUUUUUCUCUUUUUCUCCUUUUCACAUCCUUCACCCAACAUUUGAACCGCGUUUAAGGAUGUCAAGAUGCGCACAGACGUGUGCCCCAAAGGACCACCGCGAUCAACAUAGUGCCAGCCACCCUUUCGAUGUCGUACUUCUCCGUGUGCUAAUUUCGAGCGUGAGGAAAUCAUUGACCUUUAACUGCUCCUACCGAAAAGGCAUGGCGGUGCGGUCUCUUACGUAGACCGGAAAGACCGAGAUGACCCAUGCUGAGGCACAGAAUAGCACUGCUCCAAUACGCUUCAAGGAUCAAUCCCUCAACUGCUUCUCCUAGUAUUCGCCUUCUAUUGCAUUUUCCUGUCUGUCUCUUCUGCUUUUUUCCCAAUUUCUGCUACAACCUUUGUUGGCUUACGGCAGCGGCGCUAAAUCUAACUGUUCGUCUUUCACGGCAGCCACGCGCAUCGCAGACGAUGGCUUUUCUUUUCCUGAGAGAGUCUCGUUGCCCUCUCAACCUUCUCUCUCACCACGAACAAUUUGUCGUCGUUCGAGGUCACGUUAAUGCAGCGCGGAAGGUUCUAAUCAAAUAAAAACUGCACUUCUUGAAACCACUAAGUUAUUUUCUGGAAGCGCAAAAUGGACUUGCUCACCUCCAAGCCUGGCAGCGUAUUCAACUUCCUUUCUCACCGGUGAUCAAGCCUUCAGGAUUGAGUCCUUCUGUUGCCCUGCAGUAUUCCUCAGACAGGCCUGCUCGUUUUAACUGCGAAACGGGGAUUACCGCAUGUCACUUUGCAACGGCGUUUCUUCCCACUAUAAAGUGGAAGUAGCUGAUCGUACGUCAUUGAAGAAUAGUACAGGUUUAUUUGCUUCAUUGCUUUGAGAAAACUGCUUUCAACGAUGAAGUCAUAGUAAGUUAGUAUCGCCGAAGCAGCUACGCUUUGGUUUGCUGAAAUCUGCGAAUGAAUUUUCAGAGAUUUCUGUCCUAUGAAGCACACAAGUGAAGGCUUUGUUUCGCGCUGAACGUUUUCGAGCGUUUUCGAGUACAAGUUCUUGUUUUUGCCUACGAAGGUCGUUGCUUACCGCAGAAAUGAGCGACCAGGAGCACCACGAGGAGAUCCCGCUUGGCGGGCAGCCUGCAGAGGAGCGGGGUGACAUCGAUGUCACUCCCCUCCUAGAAGACGCGCGGACAGCCACAGCCGCGAAACAGGUGCAGAUGCUGUACCGACAGGGGGUGCUCAGCAGGGCUGAGUACAUGCAGCGCGUUGUCGCGCUGACGGACAGGCUGGUGUCCGAGCCGCCCAGAAACCAGUCCCAACCCGCCAGCCCGCUAACGUGAAGCUCCAGAUGCUGGAGGCACAGCGGGAGUUUACGGAUCCGAAGAUCCGUAAAUUCAACGCCUUCCUGGAGAAAGACCAGGACGUCGCCCGCGACGCAAAGACGAGCGGGGCGUUGAACCGUGCCCUGGAGCGGUACAUCGCCGCGCUGGAGGCCAAGCUCUUGUCGCCGGUUGUCGCCUCGGGGGCGGCCAUCCUCCUGGGUCUGGUGGGCCCCGAAAGUGCCACCGACACCUAUGAGAAGAGAGUCCUGCAGUGGAUCUCUCUCAUGGUGGACGAGCCGGAGGACACCCGGCUGUACCGCUACAACGCCUUUGUCGUGUCCGGCAUGCCUUCGGCCGCCAUGAAGGAGUGGCGCGAGAUCCUCGACGAAGUGGAUCUCCCCCUGUUCCCUCCCAUCGACAAGUUCUCCCCGAAGAACUUGCAAAUUCGCCUUGACGCGCGAGAGGCGAGUAAGGCCCUGGAGGCUGGGGGCGAGGCCCGCGAGAAGGAGCCACGCCAGGAGCUCUACCGCCGGCCACGCAAGGGGCGGGACUUGUUGGAGGGAGGCGGCGCGACGGCGCCGGUGUACGGUGCCGACGGCACCCAGGUUGCGGUGGUGGACCUUUCCGGGCUGGAAGGCUACCUGGAGACGCUCUCCCAGAGCGUGCAGACGCUCCGCGAGGAGGAGCGCGCGGUGGGGGUGGCCCUCACCCAGGAGAUCCGCGAGAACAUCUCGCGGAUGCGGUACACCGGUGCUCGGGGCGUCGUGCCCAACAUGAAUCGCGUGAAGAGCGCGAUCAACACGCAGGCCCGGCGCUACCAGGGCAAUGGCGGCCGCGGUGGAUACGGCGGUCGCGGCGGCUACGGAGGCCGCGGUGGCUACGGCAGCCACUCGUACCGCGGCGGCGGUGACGAUAUGCCGGAGACUCAGCUCUCAAAAAACUGA